AUGGAGAGUCACCGCAAUCCCACGAUAUUGGUGAACUCGUCUUCCUGGCCCGUGGCUAUUCUGGCGACGGUCUUCUUGGCCCUUCGCAUCUGGUGCAGAGCGUAUCUACACAGUGGGCUCUGGUACGAUGACUACCUGCUCAUCGCUUCUCUCGUCGCCUUGCUGCUGACGUGCAGUCUUCAGAGCGCCAUGUUUGCGGAAGGGUUUGGGCAGGACAUCCUGGCGACUGGCCUUCCAGCCAGUCUAUUCUCUGCCGCAUUCAGCAUGGCGGCCCUCUCCACGGCUUGGAGCAAGACAGCCUUCGCCAUCACUCUGCUGAGCAUAACAAAGCGAAAGGUGGCCAAAGCAUUCCUGUGGUUCUCCAUCUUGGGCCUCAACGUCAUCUGCUAUAUGUUCGCCGUCGGCGUCUGGGCCAAGUCGUGCGAGUCGAAAGAUAGCAAGGGCUUCGCCAACGCGGUACUCCCUGGUGCAUGUUGGAAGGCUGACGUCUUCAGGCAGCUCAUGUAUGUCCAAGCCACAUACUCUGGCCUGAUGGAUCUCGCACUUGCCUUCUUCCCGUGGAUUAUCAUAUGGAAGAUCAAGCUUCGGGUCCAAGAUAGAAUAGGGUUAUCUGUGGCGAUGAGCCUGGGUGUGGUAGCCUGUGUCGUGGUUGUAGUCCGAAUAGUCCUCCUGACAGAGACGAAUGGCGCGUUUGAUUAUACCUACGUGGUGGGCAAGAUCUGUGUCACGAAUGUGGCAGAGCCCGCUACGACAAUCCUCGCCCAGUCGAUCCCCGUGUUCCGAGCGCUGCUUCGGGGUAGCCGGAGCGAACAUCGCAUCAGCACAGGUACGAGCGAGGUCGAGCAGGCCUGGCCCAGAGAGUCUGAAACCCCGUCGGCGAGGGCUACACCGGAAGACCCUUACGGCAUCUUCAACGACGAUGCGGAUAUCCACCUCCAUCUCAUCAAACGACCUGAUGGGCGCAUCGUGCUAGCUUCGGCUCCUGACGAGCCGCCGCCACCUCCGUCACCUGCUGUCUGCCGGUCGGGGCGCCGCCGACCUCUGUAA